UACCGAUAACGAUAACUGACUCUCAUCUGAAGCAACCUUGCAACAGAAAAAGUGCAGUGAAAAAUACAAAAAUAGCAGUUUAAAACUUUAUUUUGUUGUACAAGACUUAAUCAUAAGUUUAAUUUAAGGCGUAAGAAAACCUAAGCGGAACCAAAUCGUUGUUAAGAAGGCAGGAGAGCCUAGAAAGCCGUGUAGAAUUGUCGCCUGAGCGACAGAGGUCAUCUUAAAAAUACAUUUUCGGGCGUGUGUGCAUGUGAGUGCCCCCGAGCUCGUUUAACCCCCACCCAGACCGAAUCUGCCUAGACCAACGCAGCCAACAAUCAAAUAAAUCAACAAUCAAACACAACCAAUAGUAACAGCCCGCCUCAGGAUGAUACUGGAGAAUUCGGACAAGCUCAAGGACUGGUUGAGUGUGGUCCUGGAGCCUCUCUGCGAUGCGGACUCUUCGGCCUUGGCGCGCUAUGUUAUCGCGCUAUUAAAGAAAGACAAAUCGGAUAAGGAUCUUAAGCGGAUUAUGAUCGAACAACUGGAUGUCUUUUUAUCGGAGGAGACAACGCGCUUUGUAGAGCGCCUUUUCGAUGCCAUUGCCAGCGAGGAGUACCUGACGCUGCCCGCCCCAGUUCCGACAGUUACUGGAGCUGCCUCUGAGCUGGAUCUCGACCAAGAACUGGCUCUGGCUAUCGACGGGGCCCAGGAUGAAAUCGAGGCCGUGCUGGCUGCCGACUCCCCUCCGCCACUACCAAAAGAGAAUGUGAUAAUCCCCGAGAGCAAUGCGACACAACAGGAUAAGGCAAGCCAAAACGCCAACGAGGCAGCGGCCUUAUCGUUUACCAGCCAGGAAGCCAGCAUUGCCUCGAAUCCCGCAACAGACGCCAAGUCCGCCUUUGAUCACAAAACCAAAGAAUCACACAACUCACAGUCCGCCUCCCACUAUCAUCAUCACCACGUUCGCAGCGCUAGCCCACCAGGCAGGAGCAGCGGGGUAAGUGGAAACGGAGGUACAGCGGGCGGUGGAGGUUUGGCAACUGGAUAUGCCGAUAAGGAAAACCAACCUCGGGACAGUCGACGGCGGCGCGCCUCCUUGCGUUCGCGGUCCCGAUCUCGGUCAAGAUCUAACGAACGAACCUUCCGACGUUCCCGAUCCCGCGAUCGCCGGGUAAACGAACGUGAGAAAACUCAGCGCCAGUUCCGUAACAAAUCACCGCCAGGAUCGCAGACAGACAACCGUCAUCAUGGGCGACGCAACUUUGACCGACGGCGCAUCGGUGGAAAUACGGAUGAUCGUCCACGCUUUGGCAACAAUAAGGGCCGGAGGUCGCAUAGCCGAUCAAUGUCCCCAGAGCGAAACAUGCGGCGUAACCAAAACUCCCCCGAUCGAGCUGCAGCUGGACAAGGCAACCAACCUCCAGCUCCGGUGGCACCACCAACGCCCGUCGAGCAUCCUGCCGCCCAUCCCCGUCAAAGGUGUCGUGAUUUUGACGAGAAGGGCUAUUGCGUGAGAGGCGAAACAUGCCCCUGGGACCAUGGAGUUAACCCUGUUGUCUUUGAGGGUAUCAACAACUCUGCACUGAUGAUGUCCAUGCGCGAGUACAAUCCAGAUGCACCAGAAAUUUGGGCCCGUGGAGGAGGACCCCCUCCAGGAGCUGGUCAGGGACCAGUGCCACCGCCUGCACAGGCGGGUCCGGCUAACAUUAAUCCGUUUAGUGGUAGUGUGCGUCCUAAUGCGUUGAUGAGUGGAUCGGGACCCAAUCCGCUGGGUGUGCCCAACCCCGCUGACUAUGCCCGCAACUCGGGAGCACCACCACCACCGCCUUCCAUGAUGCCAUUCCCUUUCAACCCAACGGCCGUGACUACACCGCUUCAACGCCAGCUUAUACCCAUACCCGUCGUUGAUGGCGCCCCCUCAGGUGGGGUGGCAGAGCUCGGGAAGCGGCGCUUCGAACUGGAAGACACUGUGGCUAUUGCAGACGUUCCAUCCAAGCGAAAGGUGCCUAUUAACAGCCGAUUGGGUCCAAGGGUCAACCCAAAUAUGCAGCAACACAACAGUUCCUUGGAGUUGCGAAAGGUGCCCCGCGGACUCAACACCAUUGCUCAUCUGAACAACCACUUUGCCAAGUUCGGCAAGAUAGUGAACAUCCAGGUGUCUUACGAAGGUGAUCCGGAGGCAGCUAUUGUCACGUUUUCCACGCACGCGGAGGCGAAUGUCGCUUAUAGAAGCACCGAGGCGGUGUUGAACAAUCGUUUCAUUAAAGUCUUCUGGCACAACGAUAGCAGCGGAGUUGAGGUGGGUCAACUGAAUCCUAUGGGCGGUGGCGUCGGAGGAGGAGGCGGCGGAAGGAAGAACACCAGCCAGUACCAUUUGCAUAACGUGCCUGCAAUGCCAACUCCCAACGCUGAUAGUGCCAAGAUUAGCAAUGCAAAUCCACUGACUGAAGCCGGAGCGGCAAACAAUGCAACGCCAUUAGCGGAGCAAGCCAGCACAGCGGCCCCAGCCUCCAUGCGCCUCAAGCUCAAUGCGGCAGCGCCAAAUGCAGGAGCAGCGGGAGGAGCGCCCGGAGCUGCUGGCCGCCCCAUUAAUCCUGCCACACUGCGUAAAAAGCAAGAAGAGCAGCAGAAGGCCGUACACCAACUUGCCAACGGGCUGCGGAAGCGCAAACAGGAAUUGCUUCAGAGCUACGUCAAGCAGAUGAAAACCGCUCUGGAGUUGGUGGAGCGGAUGGAUCCGCAAGAUCCUCAGAGGGCUCCAACAUUGGAAACUAUCAAAGUACUGCAGCAGACUAUCGAUAAAAUGCGCAAGGACGUCCAUGCGGACCAGGACCAACUUCAAGCCCAGAUUCAACAACAGCAGCAACAAUUACCGCCUAUUAAGAAGACUAAGGAACAACAAAAAAAAGAACUGCUGGACAUGGAGCUUGAGCUGAUCGCCCAGCAACAAGAAGGGAAUGAUACGACGGCCAUACAGAAGCGACUCGAAGAACUGCAACGAAAUCUAGGUGUCGGUGGUGGCCAGGCCGGAAUGAACUCCAAGGCGGCACACUUUGCGUCCGCACCUGGUGCCGCGGGUGGCGUUGGACGAAAACGACCAAACCUUCCCGAAGGACCCACCCGUGUAGACCGUCGACCAAAAGCCAUUGUAGUUACCGGAUUUGCGGCCGAAGAGGCGGACUUUGUCCUGGGCCACUUCAAGAACUUUGGUGAGAUUUCCAAACAUGAUGUAGACCGUGAGAUUCCGCAGCUAAUACUCUCGUAUGCUACCCGCCUCAAUGCAGAGCAGGCCGUGCUCCGAGGCAAAAUGUACAAAGACAAGCGUCUUCAGAUUUCAUGGGCUCCGGUGGUGACACCGACGCCUGCCCCAACGGUGGCGCCUGUCGACAAAACCCCCUCAGCAGCUGCCGGUGGCACCGGCCUUGAGAACCCUAAAGAGUUAAUUCAGUCCGUCAGCGAGAGUGAAAGUCUUCUGGGCAGUGACACGUUACCGGAGCUGCGAUUGGAGGAUGAAGAGGAGGAUGAGGAGUCCGAGGAUCGUUCCUGGCGUCGUUGAUGCACUGCCCUUCGCUACUAAAGCGUCCAAGCAAGCUCCAUGUGGCUCAGAAGUGUUAGGAAACCCUUAACAUGUAUUUGUUGUUAUUCUAUAUCUAACUGCGGUGUGUGCGGGCGUGAUGAGGAGGAGAAGAACGGCGAUGCACUUUGCACACUUCCGCCAUAAUUAAACGCUCUAAAUAUUACUAAUAUUUUACUGAAAAUAAGUUAUGAAAUGCAUACAAAUACGAAUGAGUUUAUAGCUAAGCCUAAGUCCGAAAUAACAACACAUAAACUACAAUUUUAAACGCGAAAUUCAACCAAAUCCAUAUCUCUGCUAGAGACGAAACAUUGGUUAAGAGUCGUAAUCCUUUGUAUUUACACAUUUUUCACUCUAUCCUUUUCUUAAAUACAAAUAUAUAUAUACAUAUAUAUAAUUGUUAAGAUUUUAUGUUGAGUUAAAGCUAUAAAACACUAAAAAAAAAAAAAAAAAAAAUUGCAAAACAAAAAUCCCCAAAAACAAGCGCAAUGAAAAGUCAAAAGUAAAAAAAAGAGAAAAACAUCGUAGAAACGAAAAAGCAAAACAGCAAGUUAUAUAGAGAGAUAUAAUAAAGUAAAUAGUUUCGUAUUUCAGGAUAA